AGUGGUUUGCAGCCCUCGAAACCGCCCACAGCAGCUGCACCAUUACAGAGAGCAACACGUAUUUUCAUCAUCGCAGGAGCGAGCGAGGCAGCCACCGGUCCGGCAGCAGUAGCGAUGAUUCCGAGAGCCUCGACUACAAACGCAACUCACUCCCUUUGGCUUCUGUCACUCGCCGGCCUUUUCCUUAUUGCAACUCAAGGAAACACGGCCCGGAUCGACCACCUGCAGAUUUUGGACAGCCUGCUGAAAAAGGACUACGACCGUCGCGCCACGCCAACCAAUCACCUGAACAACGCGACGACCGUGCAGUGCGAGUUGUACAUCAGAAGCUUCGGAUCAAUCAGUCCUGUCACCAUGGAUUACGAGGUGGACCUCUACUUGCGGCAAAAGUGGCAAGACGAACGGCUCAAGCACGCUGAAAUCACCGAGUCGCUCGACUUGAAUGACCCCAAUCUGGUGAAAGCCAUCUGGAAGCCCGAGGUGUACUUUCCGAACGCGAAACACGCCGAGUUCCAGUUCGUCACGGUGCCCAACGUCCUAGUCCGAAUCAACCCCGACGGCGAAAUUCUCUACAUGCUCAGACUGAAAUUAACGUUUUCCUGCAUGAUGGAUCUGAGCAAGUUUCCGCUCGACUCGCAAGUCUGCACCAUGGAGGUCGCCAGUUUUUCGAAAACGAUAGAGGAACUGAAGCUUGAGUGGAAAGCAGAGAAACCAAUUAUCAUGGGCAAAGGGUUGCGGAUGCCGCAAUUUGAAAUCGUUCGGAUCCUCUCGUCCAACUGCCAGGAGUCGUUUCAGAUCGGAAAUUACUCUUGUCUGGUCGCCGAAUUCUACUUGAGUCGCUCCGUCGGGUUCCAUCUGGUGCAGAGUUACCUGCCGACGAUUCUCAUCGUCGUCAUCUCGUGGGUUUCCUUCUGGAUGGACGUCAACUCGGUGCCUGGACGCACGACGCUUGGUGUGACCACCCUUUUGGCGGUCAGCUCUCAAUCCUCAGGCAUCCAGAGCGGACUGCCGCAGGUCAGCUACGUUAAAGCCAUCGACGUAUGGAUGGGCACGUGCACAGCCUUUGUCUUCUGCGCCCUGCUCGAGUUCACCCUGGUCAACUACAUGUGGCGCAAGCAGCCCAGCUCGCGGUCGCAAAGCGCCCCGCGCGGCUCCAUCAUGAAUGGGGAGGCGCUCACCAGGUCCGCGUCGGCGGGACUGAUCCGCCGCACUGCUCAAGAGACGAAGAUGUGCACCAGCACCGAGGUUGGCAUCGCCAGCGCCGGCUUCGAGACCAGACCGUGCAGAAACGCUCAGAACGUUAAGAGGCAGCGGCAGUCGCAGCAGAAAUUGGCCCGGAAAAUUGACGAGAGGGCCCGGCUGGCGUUCCCAGUUGCGUUCGCCCUCUUCAACGUCUCUUACUGGCUCUACUACUUGAAGUAAAAGCAUCCCCGAAUUUGGGUCCGUAAUCAUGCUUACGCUGGCUUGAUUACAUAUACAUACAUACGCAAAUCAAGCGGCGCCGCUGAAUAAUUGAUGAAGCGCAAGAUGAGCUGCGGAAGCUUGAAUGUUCCUAAAACAAACACGACACGAACAUGCAGACGCGCACGGCAAAGCUUACAAGCCAAAAGUUAUAAACCACCCCUCUCACCGAUAAUUACAUUUGUAAUCACAACUUCAUGAAAUAGAAACUCAUCACUUGUUCUAUGCAAAUUUGAUCAAAUUCAUGGCAAUAGAAUAUUGACUAUUAUUGCAUCCAUUAUUGUUCAUUCUAGUCUUCAUUAAAAAGUAGUUGAUAGAAUAUGGAAAAUACGCAGAAAAGAUGAUUAUUUUUCAUUUUUUUUAUUAUUGUUAAAUUUUAUUUUGGAAAAAUUGGCGAGGUUAAAAAUUGGUGGCUAAAAUAAUUAUAAAUUUAUUUCCUAUAAUCCGCUAUAAUCCAUAUUAAAAUUUUUUGGUUUACAAUUCACAAUUCAUUUUAGGUCACAACUGAAAAAGAAUCCCAUCAUUUAAUCAAUAAUUGAUGAAUUUGAGAUAAAAUUUAAUUUUUGACAAGGUGCAAAAGGUGUUGUCACUCUGUCGAAUCAAGACUACAACAAUGGAGGUUUAUAAUUCUUACCAUAUAAUAAUAUCACUUAAAGGCAAAGCUUUUAUUUCUUCUGUUGCCAUUAAUUAAAUAAUCAGAUGAUGAAUAUCAUUAAUUGCCGUGCAGUAUACUCAUUUUAUUAUUUAUUAUAAUGAUUUUUUGACACGAAUACCGAGAAGAAUAAAUAAUAAAGAUAAAUAAUAAAAAAUAACAAUAAUAAACACCAAUUUUUCCCAACAAUCUCCUCUGUCUGGUUAUUAGUGUUCCAAUUAAAAGUUGUUUUUUGCUUAACUCCUACUUGUAAAUGAAGAAAACUUUUAUUUCCUGCAUUUAAUUAAUUCUUAAUAAACGACGAAAUUAAUAUAGAACAAGUUGCCAAGCAAAUAUGACACGCCAUGGUACGCUCAAAACUAAUUUACAACAUGAUCUCGUCAUGAAUAAUUAUAACGCACCGAUGAAACCAAGCAAAUUUCCACCUGCGGCUGGAUCGAGCUCACCACUUUGUUAUGAUUGGUUCUUGUAACACAUAAAGCUCCCAUGGUUUGGUCUAUCAAAACAAAAUUCCAAGCGUUUUGAACCCACUGGUUAAUGCGGCGUGGAGAAUUUUUGUUUUGACAAUAUAUUUUAAAUAUUUCAUUUUAAUCAGUGGUACCGUUUUUGCUAAUUUUGAAACUCAUCGUUGUAAAUAGUUUCCUAUAUUAUGUGAUGUUGAUGUGCACUUUUGAUCCACUAUGGGCACGUUUUAUUCUGAGAAUCUCGGUGUAAUUAAAAGAGCCAAUAUAUGUGACUUUGUUUAAUAAAGUAAUCAUGGAGUUUGGCAGAAUUUAUAAAGUUUGUUAAAAAUGAUAUUUAAAAUAAUACUUAAUCCAAUCAAAAAAAUCGGUCUGAUAGGCUAAACAAUUUAAUUUUAAGAAUUUGGAAUUUAUCUAAUUAGUGAAGUAAACAAUGUCCAAUGAGACCAAGUAUAUGAAUUGGAUUCUUUUGGCUGUCGAAUUUUCAGAUUCAAAGAUGACGAUGAAAAAAUUAAGCAAACCAAAUUUUUUUUCACUAUCAACUUUUAUAGUCUAGUUUUAAGAUAACAAAUAUUUUUAUUUUGUUUAAAUAAUCUCUUUAAAAAGACUUAUUUUACUAUAGCAUACACGGACGCAAUUGCUAAAAUAAUGCAGAUAUUACAGAAAGUUUUGAUUAAUUCUAAAGCCGUUUUAAAAAGGUAGAUUGAGCUAAAUCAUUAUUGAAGUUAGCCUGUGGAAUAUAAGAACUUAAUAGUAUAAUUUUUUUUCUUAAAAAGUGGAAUCGAACGGUUAAGUAGCUUUAAAAUAGUUGUAAAAAAUGAAACGCAGCUGUGAAGCUGCGCAUUUGAUUGUCAAUCGUAUGUAAAAUUCUAAAUGUACAUUUAAAAUAAAUUCAUUCGUAUUUUUCAAGUUCCAGUUGUUUGCUGUUCACAUGAAUCAUGAUUUUCCUAGAGGGAAAUCCAAGAAAAAUGUUAAGUAUCAUAUAUCAAGUGUGGAUUAAAAGCAACAUGACGUUGUUAAAAAAUGUGAAAAAGAUAAGUGGAUCCAGAGAUUAUCGAGAGAUAUAAUUAUUGUUACAUUUGGCUGAGAAUUGAAUGAAAGGAAAACUUUUUGAGAGCAGGAGAUAAUUUAAUUAGUGAAGUGUAUCAAGCAAUGAGAUGUUUAAUUAAUUCUAAUAAUUAUUAACUUCAUUAAUAUGAAAUCCAAAAUAUGUUUUUCCAAUUUUUAAUUAUUUUUAUAUAAAAAGAAGAGAGCCUUUCACUAUCUCUAGGCCAAUUUAUACACGAAAAUAAUUUUAAAUGAUUUAAAUGAUAAAAAUCCAUGAAAUGGGAACUGGAAUUAAAUAUACACAAUUUAUAAUAGUUGUGAUUAUAUUUUGAAGUUUUAAAAGCCAUAAAAAAAAUAAAUG